AUGUUGCGGCGUUGCUUAUUCCGAAGUUCUUUGCUUGCGAGGAGAUCGUUAGUUGUUUUGGGCAUUGAAACCAGCUGCGACGAUACCGCUGUGGCUUUGGUACGUGAUGACAAGAAAGUAUUGUCUUCGCAAAGAUUUGCCGACAGGGAUACACAACGUAGAUUGGGCGGAAUAUCUCCGAGAGAAGUAGCUCUCCAGCACAAAGCGCAUCUCCCUCGACUACUUGAUGAAUGUCUCAAAGAAUCUGGUUAUGCAGUCUCCGAUGUCGACGCCAUAGCCGUAACAACAAAGCCUGGUCUGGUUAUCGCGCUCAAGGAGGGAAUACGAAAAGGUCUAGAGUUGUCGAGAUUCUACAAAAAAGACCUCAUCUCCAUUCAUCACAUGCGAGCCCAUGCUUUGUCUGCAUUUUUGGUGUGUGAUUCUCUGUCUUUUCCAUUUGUGUCUGUUUUGAUUUCUGGUGGCCAUGCACUGAUAGUUCUAGUCCGAUCGGCAAGCAACUUCACUAUAUAUGGUGAGAGCUCCUCAGGGAGCCCAGGAGAAUGUCUCGACAAAAUUGCGAGGGAGUUAAAAAUCAAUGAAAUGCCAGAAUUUUAUGACGUUCAUCCUGGAGCUGCUGUUGAGAAGUUAGCGAGUAGGUAA